AUGGCGGUUAGUGAAAGCAUGAGCACCAACAUGAGGGAGAACACAGCAUCCAGGGAAUCACAGGAAACCAACGGAAUAAAUGAAAGUACUAGCACCAAAAUGGUAAGUAAAAUUAAGGUUGGCAGGGCCGAAAAUAACGGCAAAAGUUUAAACGAGGAGACAAAGGAAUGUAACAAAGGAAUUAAGAAACCAAGCAUCGUGGUAGCAAAGAAAGUCAGAAUAAUAGAAAACGAAGAAAUAAAGAAAAAAUAUAAGAUAGUUGACAACCAAAGCAUAGAUAAGGGUACAGGAUUAAAGGAAAACGGAAAAGGAAAAGAAAGUGAAAAUAUAAACAGAAAGAAUGAUCUGGAGAGUGUUAAAAUCAGAGAGAUACGCAUGGUGGCUUUCUCGAGAGCGGAGGUUACAAUGUACAACAAAAUGGAAGCUCACAAAGUAAUUGAAUAUAGCAGACGUAAAGAUGCAGGGUACGUAGCAUCGAUACCUAGAAGAAAAAUGUCAAGGCGUGGAGUAACAAAAGAGUGGGAAGGAUCUAUUGAAGAGCUAAUGGAAUGCACCAUGGCUGGACAAGGUGAAUUUGAAGCGCAAAGGCUCAAAAAACGAAAGCUAAGAGAUGGAAAAGCUGUAUGGGAAGAAAGUGAUUCUAUACUAUUGAAGUUCAAAGGGGAAUAUCAUGGCGAAUGUAGAGGGGAACCAAAAUGCGUAAACUGUGGCCAGCAGCAUAGGUCAAACGCCAGGGAAUGCCUUAUCUUCCAAAGAGAAAGCGAAACGAAAAAAAUUAUGGCCUACAAAAACGUAUCUUAUGCACAGGCAAGAGAAAUUUUAAGGGACAAGUAUACAGGCAGAAAAUAUGAUAUAGACAUUGAAAGCGAAACAGACUUCCCAAGGCUUAAAACUAAUAGCAGAGGAAGAAGAGAGAAUUGGGAGAGACUCGAAAUACCCAACAACGAUGAUAAAUAUAACGAAUGGAAAACGAAAAGAGGUCCAUUUAGGAACAGGGAAAGGGAGACCAGCGAUGAUAGCGACAAUGGAAGAAUGACGCAAAGAAGAGAGCAACUGGGAUCUUUUAGGUAUACAGACAGAUUCCAGGAAAGGGAAAUGAAGACCGCUGCGAGACAAGACAGGGUCAGGAUAAUGAACAGAGUGCCACUGGCACGAGAGAGACCGUGGGUGAAGGAUCCACCUGGAAUCAAUGUUUACGAGGAAUAUGACAACAAUGAGGAAACGAGGAAGAAAAAGCUAACGGGAAGAAUAAGAGGAGAAAAUUAUAAAUUGCUUGAUGAAAUAAAGAGCAAAUCAGAUGACAAAAUCUUGGAGCAAAUAAUUCAACUGAUAAGUGAAAGAAACCUACUGAACAACUUCGAGAGAAAAAUAAAAGAAACAAUAAAACGUAAAGAAAAGGAGGUACCGGUUGACCCGGAGGAAGACUGGUGGGGGUGUGGGCCUCAUUUCCACACAGUAAUCCCUGAAAAAAUGGAAAAAAGAUUCGCCAGACAGAGAGAAAGAAAGGAAGAAAUAGAGAAACUACAUCAAAGAAAGGAAUCACCUGCCAAGGAUGCAGAAGGGAAAGUUGCAACUGAAAAUGAUAAGCAAACAAAAAUCCCUUCAAACCAAACGGAAGAAGGAAAAAUGGUCGAUGAAGUUGAACUGGAAGAAAUUGAAAUCGAACCAGAACCAGUAGCUACCACGAGCAAAAAAAGUACUGAGACAAGGAAAGACGAAGAAAAUGAGCAAUCAAUGGAAGACAAAGAUUAA